UGUUAUCACAGUUAGGAACUUCCUGUCAAUGUUAUCUCACAUUUAAGUAAACGAUGGAACGUGGUACAUAUUAGAAUGUAGUGUAAUUAUUUUACCAUUUGGACAUUCAAUGAUUUAAUACGUUUCGUGUGAUUUAAAACGAUUCUAUUAUACGACAUGUAUAUACAGAUUAUACAGCUAAAUGUAUUUUGGAUAUAUAUAAAAUUAAUUAUGGAUAAUGAAUGUAAUUGAAUUUAUCCAAAAUUAGAAUGCGGCCAGACAUUUUGCAUUUAUUAUUACAAAAUAUGCAUAUUUACAACGGUAAAUGUGCAUAAUUACAAAAAUAAUGCACUUUAAAAGAAAUUCUUAAGGUUGAAGUUAUUUAUAUACAUAUCAGUUGAUAUGUCAUGCCCACGAUCGAAAUCGCUUCCUUCAAUAUCGUGUAGAGAUGUGUUACAGAAAGAUAUAGGACUCAGUCAAUCUCAAGAUGAGAAAUUUAAAAUCAGGAGUUCUUUUCAUAAGAAAGUAAAAUGUUUCUUUAAUCGUUGGAAAAAAUCGCCAAGUGGAGGAGAUAUUAAGGAUAUGACAUAUGAAGAUGUUGACUACAUCGAACGGAUUACAUCUCAAAGCAUGCGAUCUUACAGCUUUUCUAAUGUGCCAUUUAAGCAUGAAAAGAUAUAUCGUGGCCUAUUGAGAAGUCUGAUGCACCCUCUUGGUGCCCCUGAUGAUACUAUAGGACUGAGGCCUGGGGAUUUACUUGAUCACUUGAGAGAGGUGUUUGAAGUAGAGCAGGAAGAUCAUGAGCUUUAUAUAAUGGAAGAAUCUCCUAAUAGGCCCUAUAACAUGCAAGUAAACAUUGUUGUACUGGAGGCAAAUGGUCUACGUAGAACAGAUUUUUCUGAAGGUAUGUAUGCAUUAUACACAUAACCGAGCAACAAAUUGUCAUAUUGGGUAUUUUUGAUACCAUAACAUCGUAUAAACAUAUCUUUUUUGAAAUUAUCUUUUAAGAUUUUGUUUUAACACUUAAGAUAUUUCUCGUGUAAAAACAAGGGAAAUGUAUUGCUUUCCCCUGCAAGUGACAUAUUUCUCAUGUAAAAACAAGGGAAAUAUAUUGCUUUCCCCUGCAAGUGACAUAAUAAGGAAAUAUUUGUCUAGUACCAUAACUAAUAACAGAUUCAACAAAGUAUAUUUCAAGAAAUAAAACAUUGCAACUUAUGUCAAACAUGGAUUAAAUUUGAAAGGGAAUUAAAGAAAAUAAUCAUAACUUUGGUUGUUAAAAGCUAUUGGAUUUACUUCAAACCAAUAUUUUAUGGAUUUACGGAAUAUUUAUGAAUUAUUUCGGCUUGACUCCACCAAAUAUGAAUUGAGACAAUAAUGAUCUCCCAACAACAUGGGAAAAAUCAAAAGAAAGUAAAAGUUAUUUUCUCCGGACUAGUAUGUUCAACUAUGAAUGCAUCUAGAACGUUAUAUUGUUCAUUGCAAGAAACAGGGGGAAAUGAAGGUAAUUAGGUAGAGAUAAACAUGUAAGCCUUACAUUGAUUACAUAGACAUAAACAUCCGUUUAUUUUAGCAGUGUUUAUUAUUUAAGCUUAUUAUUAUACUGUAAUACAAAGAUGGUUGGUAGAACUUUAAGAGUAUGUUAUUUGAAUAAGGUCUAAUAAAAAUAUUAGCUUUUUAACUUGUCGUAUUAUA